AUGGCCAAAGAGCCGGAGGGCAAGGUGCAACUGUUGGACGGUACGGAGCUGCCUUACGAGAUACUCGGUGGCAUCGACAGAUGCCCCUUGAUUUGGGGACAUGGCUUGGGGCCCACGGAUCCACGUGGCAUGGAUCAUCGGGCAUGUGAGAGUUUUCCUUUGGUCAAGGAGAUGAUGAAGGAAGAUGCGGACAAAGGUAAGGGCGCAUGGCCUUUCAGCACCGUGGUGUACGAUGCGAGAGGUCAUGGACGGUCUUCUGGCUGGGAACCCCUAGCGAGCUGUAUUCAACAGUUUCAUUGGCGCAGCUUAGCCUUUGAUAUGUUGUCGGUGGCAAGCAAUUUUCAGACCCCUGCGACGCAGAAGCUCCGGGGAGCUCUCCUUGGCGGCUAUAGCAUGGGAGCUUCCACGGCCUUGUGGGCGGCAUAUCUGUGUCCAACGGCCGUUCGUGGAUUGGUGUUGUUGUCCGUAACAACAGCAUGGGAGAUCCGGGCUGCGCGGCGAGCGAACUUGUUGAAGAGCGCCGACGUCCUGCAAGCAAGCGAUCCCGCUGCCUCGGAAGUGGUGAGGGGCGCUGCAUUCUCGGAUUUGCCGCCACUGGAGGACUUGGCCGCCGCAAAGCUCCGCAUUCCAGUUUUGCUGUGUGCGGCUCGUGAUGAUACGACACACCCCGCGGAAGUAGCAGAGAGGUUAUCGCGGGUGCUUCCGAAUGCAGACGUGUUUCUGAAGGACACGAAGGCGGAACUCGCUCAAGAGUUUCCUCAACAUCUGCACUCAUGGCUGCAACAGCACUUUCGAGACAAAGUCACGAUUGAAGAGUGA